GCGGCUUCCCGAGGAAGGGGGAUGGGGUGGCAGGAGGCGGGGCGGACCCGGGCCGGUAGGGCGGGGUCACGCUCGGGCUGCGCGCCCGCUCUGCCCAGUCCGGCCCGGCCCGGCCCGGCCCACCCCCGCUGUCCCCCGCGGAGCCUCGGCCGGGGCGCAGCGCCGGGCCCUGACGUCUGCAGCGCCCGGGCCGCCAGCCCUCUUGCUCCGCUCCCGGCCGCAGGUCGUGUUCGGGCGCUGCGGCUCCUGCGCGCCUCAGACAGUGACUACUGCAGUAGGAGCGAGGCCGCCAGAGCCCAGGGAGCCCUGCAGGCCUCUGGGGCAGCGCCGGGUGUCGCGGUGUUUGCACGGGAGUGGGCAUGUAGACAGCGGGCAACCCAGAAGCAGACCGGCUAGCUCAGCCCGCUCGCCGCGGUCCCGUCGGAGGUGCUAACUGUGCGUGUUGGCAUCUCCCAGGCGCCACAGGGUUGGAUGGCUCAGGGCUUGCGCUGAAGCUCAGCGAGGCUAGAGGCCGGUCCCCACGUCUCCAGGCAUCAGGGCUGCCCACCAGUGUCCAGGCGGGCAGGGGGGGCGACUGGACGGCCAGACAGACUUGCUUCGCUGGCUGCCUGUUUGGUUGCUGCGUUCUGUGUCGGCAUGGUUGCUAGUUUCCAACAGGAAAUCUUGGAGACUGUCAAAUUUGUGACCCAAGAAGUAGCAGCUAAAGGUCUGGGAUGCUGACUCGAGGCUGGUUCGUGUUCUAAGCCCUCCCAGGACUGGCAAGAGCCUGUGUGGCCUUCUUCAUGUGGCCUGAGGGUACCAUCUGCCUGCAGGUCCCGGAGCAGUCGUGCCCACCAUGGACCCAGACCCCCAGGCAGGCGUGCAGGUGGGCAUGCGUGUGGUGCGUGGCGUGGACUGGAAGUGGGGCCAGCAGGAUGGCGGCGAGGGCGGCGUGGGCACUGUGGUGGAGCUUGGCCGCCACGGAAGCCCCUCGACCCCUGACCGCACGGUAGUCGUGCAGUGGGACCACGGCACCCGCACCAACUACCGCGCAGGCUACCAGGGCGCGCACGACCUGCUGCUCUACGACAACGCCCAGAUCGGCGUCCGCCACCCCAACAUUGUCUGUGACUGCUGCAAGAAGCAUGGCCUGCGGGGUAUGCGCUGGAAGUGCCGCGUCUGCUUCGACUACGACCUGUGCACGCAGUGCUACAUGCACGGCAAGCACGACCUCACCCACGCCUUCGAGCGCUACGAGACGGCCCACUCGCGCCCGGUCACGCUGAGUCCCCGCCAGGGCCUCCCCAGGAUCCCGCUGAGGGGCAUCUUCCAGGGGGCGAAGGUGGUACGGGGUCCUGACUGGGAGUGGGGCUCGCAGGACGGCGGGGAAGGGAAGCCAGGCCGAGUGGUGGACAUCCGUGGCUGGGAUGUGGAGACAGGCCGGAGCGUGGCCAGUGUGACGUGGGCAGAUGGCACCACCAAUGUGUACCGAGUGGGCCACAAGGGCAAGGUGGACCUCAAGUGUGUAGGCGAGGCGGCCGGUGGCUUCUACUACAAGGAGCACCUGCCAAGGCUCGGCAAGCCGGCAGAGCUGCAGCGCAGGGUGAGUGCUGAUGGCCAGCCUUUCCAGCACGGGGACAAGGUUAAGUGUCUGCUGGACACAGACAUCCUGAGGGAGAUGCAGGAAGGCCACGGCGGGUGGAACCCCAGGAUGGCGGAGUUUAUCGGACAGACGGGCACCGUGCACCGCAUCACGGAGCGUGGGGAUGUGCGCGUGCAGUUCGGCCAUGAGACCCGCUGGACCUUCCACCCUGGGGCUCUCACCAAGCACAACGCCUUCUGGGUGGGUGACGUGGUGCGGGUCAUUGAUGACCUUGACACAGUGAAGCGGCUACAAGCUGGGCACGGCGAGUGGACAGAUGACAUGGCCCCUGCCCUGGGCCGCGUCGGGAAGGUGGUAAAAGUUUUCAGAGACGGUAACCUGCGUGUGGCAGUCGGCGGUCAGCUGUGGACCUUCAGCCCCUCCUGCCUGGUGGCCUACCGCCCCGAGGAAGAUGCCAACCUGGACGUCGCAGAGCGUGCCAGGGAGAACAAAAGCUCCCUGAGUGUUGCCCUGGACAAGCUUCGAGCCCAGAAGAGCGACCUUGAGCAUCCAGGGAGACUGGUGGUGGAGGUGGCCCUAGGCAGUAUGGCCGGGGCUCUGGACCUGCUGAGGAGGCACCCAGAGCAGGUGGACGCCAAGAACCAGGGCAGGACCGCCCUGCAGGUGGCUGCCUACCUGGGCCAGGUGGAGCUGGUGCGGCUGCUGCUGCAGGCACGGGCGGGCGCAGACCUGCCAGACGAGGAGGGCAACACGGCGCUGCACUACGCGGCCCUGGGGAACCAGCCCGAGGCUGCCCGGGUGCUCCUGAGCUCCGGGUGCGGGGCCAAUGCCCUUAACGGCACCCGGAGCGCAGCGCUGCAUGUGGCCGUGCGGAGGGGCUUUCUGGAGGUGGUGAGGGUCCUGUGUGAGCGCGGCUGUGACGUCAAUCUGCCUGACGCCCAUGCGGACACACCCCUGCACUGUGCCAUCUCGGCGGGCGCCGGCGCCAGCGGCAUCGUGGAGGUCCUCACUGAGGUGCCGGGCAUCGACGUCACUGCCACCAACAGCCAGGGCUUCACCCUGCUGCACCACGCGGCCCUCAAGGGCCACACACUAGCUGUCAGGAAGAUCCUAGCUCGGGCACGUCAGCUGGUGGAUGCCAAGAAAGAGGACGGCUUCACGGCCUUGCACCUGGCCGCCCUCAACAACCACCGGGAGGUGAUCCAGAUUCUCAUCCGAGAGGGCCGCUGUGACGUGAACGUCCGCAACCGGCAGCUCCAGUCCGCACUGCACCUGGCGGUGCAGCAGGCCCACGUGGGCCUCGUGCCGCUGCUGGUGGACGCUGGCUGCAGCGUCAAUGCCGAGGAUGAGGAGGGGGACACGGCCUUGCACGUGGCGCUGCAGCGUCACCAGCUGCUGCCCCUGGCGGCCGAUGGGGCCGGGGGGGACCCGGGGCCCUUGCAGCUGCUGUCCAGGCUACAGGCCUCCGGCCUCCCGGGCAGCGGGGAGCUGACGGUGGGCGCGGCGGUCGCGUGCUUCCUGGCGCUGGAGGGCGCCGACGUGAGCUACGCCAACCACCGCGGCCGGAGCCCCCUGGACCUGGCCGCCGAGGGCCGCGUGCUCAAGGCCCUGCAGGGCUGCGCGCAGCGCUUCCGGGAGCGGCACGCGGGCGGCAGCGGGGGCGCGGCCCCGGGCCCCAGGCUGGUGCUCGGCACCCCCAACACCGUGACGAACCUGCACGUGGCCGCGCCGUCGGGGCCCGAGGCCGCCGAGUGCCUGGUGUGCUCGGAGCUGGCGCUGCUGGUGUUGUUCUCGCCGUGCCAGCACCGCACGGUGUGCGAGGGUGAGUGCGGGGGGGAGGGGGGCGCCGGGGGGCGGGGCCCGCGCCGGCCCGCCCGCCCGACCGCGCGCUCCCCCUGCAGAGUGUGCGCGCAGGAUGAAGAAGUGCAUCAGGUGCCAGGUGGUCAUCGGCAAGAAGCUGCGCCCAGACGGCACGGAGGUGGCCGGCGCGCCCCCUGCGCCCGGCCCGCCGCGGCAGCUGGUGGAGGAGCUCCAGAGCCGCUACCGGCAGAUGGAAGAACGCAUCACCUGCCCCAUCUGCAUCGACAGCCACAUCCGCCUCGUGUUCCAGUGCGGCCACGGCGCGUGCGCGCCCUGCGGCGCCGCGCUCAGCGCCUGCCCCAUUUGCCGCCAGCCCAUCCGCGACCGCAUCCAGAUCUUCGUGUAGUCCGCGCCACCACCCCCACCCCCCGCCCCCGCCCCCGCCCCCGCCCCGCGUCCCGGCCGCGCCCCGCCACGUUCCGGAGCCACGUCCCGCCAUCGCCUUCGCAAGCCCCCACCCCGUGUUUUAUAAAAAGAUUCUCGGACUUUUCCGCCUGGUGCCUGCCUGGGGCGGGGGCCGGGCCGGUCGGCACCCGGGUCCCGCCCCGCCGCGCCGCCGCCCCCUACGCGGGCAGUCCUGACCGGCCCCUCUUCCGCCGCUGCCCCAGAUCCAGGCUCUGCGCUUUGGCCCGUGCCCCGCGCGUCCUGCUCUUUGUGGCGCUCCAAGCACAAGACGCCUGCCCGGACCCGUUCUCUGGGCCAGGCACGGGCCGCCUCUCACGACCCUGGCCUGGGGGUUCGGGAGCGUGGUGUCCUCUAGAAGCCCUGGGUCAGCCAGAACCCCUGUGUCCGCCCAGCUGGGGGGUCUUCCUCGUCAUCUCCCCGGCCCCUUAAUCUUUUCCUGGGCCGACUGUGUGGUCACCUCCGACCCUGUUCUCUCGGUGGCCCUUGGGGGGGUCCCUG